AUGUCAAGCAUAACAACAGUGAUCAGACACUCCGGUUUUUGGAAUGAACAGAAUUGCUUUGUUGAUUACAAACUAGACGCAGUUGUCUUCAAAGAUUAUUGUUCAUACGGUGAUUUGGUUGAAACUAUAGCAAUUCAGUUAGGUGUUGAUAUUAGCAGGAAAACGAUAUCAAUAAAAUAUGCUGUGGAAGGAGACAACAUGCCAAUUGAAAUACGCAACAAUAUGGGAGUAAGGGUGUAUGUUGAGCUUAAGAGAGGAAACAGGGGAUUUGAAGCAUAUCCGUUGUGCGUUAGCAUAACUGAUAAUGAUCUUGAGAAUUUUAUGUCCGGCGAAUCUGCAGUUGGAGACGAUAUGUUUCAACUUGAAUUUAAUGAUUAUAUGUAUGCUAUAAACGUAGUUGAUUCAAAUGAUUUGGAUGCGUCGGAUUGUGCUAAGGCUGUUGUUUUAUUUCAAAACAACGAUGACUUGAUAAUUUCGAACAAGGAACAUAAAGAUGUUUUUGUUGAUCAAAUCUACAAAGAUAAGGACACUCUGAAGAAUGUUAUGGCGAAUUAUGCAAUUCGCAAAAGAUUCAAUUUCAAGACAGAGAGGUCGAAUGUCGUAAGUUACACUCUGGUAUGUUGUUCAACUGAUUGUCGUUGGAAAUUCAGAGCUUCAAGUAUAGCGAACUCUGAAAUGUUCAGAGUGAGAUCUUUUCAUGACGAACAUACGUGUCCAUUGAAGGACAAAGUGUAUUCCCAAAGGCAAGCAACAAGUUGGUUGAUUGGUGCGUCAGUUGUUAAGCCAAAAAUAGCAAAUCACAAGAGGAAAUAUACACCUGGUGAUAUAGUAGACGACGUAAAAAAUGAGUAUGGCGUUGAUGUUUCUUAUAUGACGGCCUGGAGGGCUAGAGAAAAGGCAAUGAGUGAAUUAAGAGGGGAACCAACAGAAUCAUACAAGAAGUUACCGGGAUAUGUCUACAUAUUGGAUAAAACAUACCCUGGAUCACAUGUGAGAAUGCACAAAUCACAACAAAACGAGUUCUUGUAUUUGUUUAUUGCACUUAAAGCGUUCAUAAAAGGCUUCGAGUGUUGUAGACCAAUAGUUGUAGUAGAUGGUUCCCACCUUAAAACUACAUAUAACGGUACUUUUGUAUCAGCCAGCACGUUGGAUGGUGCAGGUAAUAUUCUACCAUUGGCGUAUGGUGUGAUAGAUUCAGAGAACGAUAAGUCUUGGACCUGGUUCUUUGAGCAGUUCAAACAAGCUUAUGGGAAUAGGGAUAACAUGUGUGUUGUAUCAGACAGACAUGAGAGCAUCAUUAAGGCGGCUGAGUUUGAUAAGCUGAUGGAGAAGAUUGAGAAGGUUGAUUUUUGGGUAAAAGAGUACUUGGAGGAUGCUGGAAGGGAAAAGUGGGCUCGACUGUAUUCACCCGUUAACAGAGGAUGGACAAUGACGUCAAAUAUAGCCGAAUGUAUUAAUGGAAAAUUGGUAGCAGCAAGAGAGUUGCCGGUUUUCGAUUUUCUUGAAGAAGUGAGGAAGAUGUUUUGGAGAUGGAAUUGCACUAAUAGGAGGAACGGUACAUACACAUUCACAACACUUGGGAAAGCAUUCCAGCAAUUAUUAUCAAUAAACGAAUGUAAAUCUCUACGUAUGACGGUUGAACCAUCAACUGAAUAUGUGUAUACCGUAAAUGAUGAGGCAAGGCGAUUCAUAAUUGAUCUUAAAAAGAAAACAUGCAGUUGUCGGAUGUUCCAAAUGGACGAGAUACCAUGUCCACGUGCAUGGGCUGUAUUGAAGAGUAAAAGUCUUAUGCCUGAUGAAUAUUGUUCAGACCUAUUCAAACCAAAGACAGUGAUUAAGACGUAUGAUGUUCCUGUGGAUCCUCUGCCUGACGAGAGUGAGUGGAAUAUUCCCAAACACAUAAGUGAUGAAGUUGUUUUGCCACCAAGAUACAAGAGACCCCCGGGAAGGCCAAAGAAAAAGCGAGAUAAACCAUUAAUGGAGACGAUGAUUGGUAAACGUAGGAAUGCUUGUAGUACUUGUGGACGUCUUGGUCACAAUAGACGUUCUUGUUCCAAUGAGCCACUGUUCAAAAUGAAAGAGUAUUCCAGUUCACCUGGAAUAAUUUGUCAAAUUGAAGAGUGGGUAUAUAACAUUGGAAUAUAUUGA